UCCUCACCAUUUUAGUGCUAGAAAAUAGAAUCAGAGAUUUUUUUUCCCCACCUGUCCCCGUGACUUCCCAACUGCUAAACUCAUCAAAAAGAACCAAAACCAACAAAAAUAACAUAAAACAAACACAAUGCAAGUGAGAGGAGAACACUGAAAAAACCAACAAAAAAGACAAUGCAAACACCACCUCCGCCACCGCCCUCCGCCACCGCCACCGCCGGCGCCGCCAAAACCACCACAAUCUACAUCUUAGCCACAGCCCUCUUCUCUCUCCUCUUCAUCCUCUCUCUCUCCUCCUCCUCCACCUCCUCCUCCCCAUCCUCACCUCCACCACUCGACCCAUAUCUCUUCCCAGACAAACAACCCCAGAGUAAUCCCAACCAUCGCCACCGCCUCCUCAUCCGCAACCAACGUAACACCACCAACAACCUCUCCGACCCACCUCCCCCUUCUCCUCCCUCCCUCGCCUACCUCAUCUCCGGAUCCAAUCGCGAUUCGGGUCGGAUCCUCCGCCUCUUGUUCUCCGUCUACCACCCCAGAAACCACUAUCUCCUCCACCUCGAUCUCCCCGCUUCACAGUCCGACCGUGACUUCCUCGCUCUCACUGUUCGUUCGAUUCCAGUUUUCAGAGCUGCCCAGAACGUCAAUGUGAUUGGGAAGGCCGAUUUUGCGUACCCCAAAGGCUCGUCUGGACUUUCUUCUACGCUUCACGGGGCUUCGAUUUUGCUCAGAAUUUCUGGGAAUUGGGAUUGGUUCAUCAAUCUCUCUGCUUCUGAUUACCCACUUGUUACUCAAGAUGAUCUCCUUCACAUUUUGUCUUACCUGCCUAAAGAUCUUAAUUUUGUGAACCACUCAAGUUACAUUGGUUGGAGAGAAUCUCGGAAGUUGAAACCCAUAAUUGUUGACCCUGGGCUCUAUCUUUCGGAGAGAACCGCGAUGUUUUAUGCUACUCAAAAGCGCGAAUUGCCAGAUGCUUUCCGGUUGUUCAUGGGUUCAUCAUCUUCUGUUUUGAGUCGUGAGGUUAUUGAGUUUUGCAUCUUGGGUACAGACAAUCUCCCGAGGACUCUGCUCAUGUACUUAUCAAACACACCUUCAUCGGCAUCUGUAUACUUCCCAACCCUUCUAUGUAACUCUCAACAGUUCAAUAAAACUAUUAUGAACCAUGGUUUGCAGUACGCUUCUUUUGACACCAGACAGGAGGCCCGCCCACUCAAAUCCAAGGAUUUUCAUGAUUUCAUCCAAAGUGGAGCGGCCUUUGCCUCACCAUUUCUCGCUGAUGAUCCAGUUCUUGACCGCAUUGACAGAGAAAUUUUGAGACGCAUUCCUGGCAAAUUGGUGCCAGGUGGCUGGUGUUUAGGCGAAUCUAAAAACAACACCUGUGAUGUUUGGGGAGACGCUGAUAUUUUGAGGCCCGGUCGAGGAGCAAGAAGACUCGAAAAGCUUCUUGUUAAAUUGCUCUCAAAUGGGACAUUUCGAUCCCAUCAAUGUGUAGUGGAAUAAUAUCUUCUCUUCCCCAGUCGAUACCAGAGAUAAGAAAGAUGGACGAGAAAAAGAAUUAAAGAAAGAGAAAAGAAGGGGAAGAAAAACUGAAAAGGAAUGAUACGCUUCGAAUUGCUCUUCAAUUAUUUAAAUUUUGAAAAUUUUGCCGCUUAGGUUUAACUAGGCUGAUUCUUUUAUAGAUGUGUUGUAUGCUAUAGCUCAUCCAGUGGGAAAUUGUUGUAUAUUGGAUUGCGAGUUGCUAUUGAAGCGAGGGCGGGAUUAUAUAUAUUUUUUCCUCUUUUCUUUUUCUUCUCUGUAAAACAUAAAUGCUUGGUUAAUGGUAUUUUAAUGGUUGACAUGGAAGAACCAUAUUGAGCAUUGUAUGUUCA